AUGAAGUUUAUGAAACUUGGAUCGAAGCCAGAUUCCUUUCAGACUGAUGACAAUAAUGUUAGGUAUGUAGCUACUGAUUUGGCAACAGACAUCAUUGUUAAUGUUGGAGAUUCAAAGUUUUAUCUGCAUAAGUUUCCUCUUCUAUCAAAGAGUGCACGCUUGCAGAAGUUGGUUGCAAACACUAACGAAUCAAACACUGGCGAAAUUUACAUUUCUGACAUUCCAGGUGGCCCUGCUGCCUUUGAGAUAUGUGCCAAGUUUUGUUAUGGCAUGACUGUCACUCUCAAUGCUUACAAUGUUGUUGUGUCUCGAUGUGCUGCUGAAUAUCUGGGAAUGCAUGAGUCUAUUGAGAAAGGAAAUCUCAUUUACAAGAUUGAUGUCUUCCUUAGCUCCAGCAUCUUCCGGAGCUGGAAGGAUUCAAUCAUUGUUCUUCAGACUACAAAGUCUCUUUUACCAAUAUCUGAGGAACUAAAGUUGGUUAGCCAAUGCAUUGACUCUAUAGCUACCAAGGCCUGUGUUGAUGUUUCACAAGUUGACUGGUCCUAUACCUAUAAUCGGAAGAAGAUCCCUGAGGAAAAUGGGAAUGAUCCAAAUUGGAACGGUGUUAGAAAUCGUCCAGUUCCAAAGGACUGGUGGGUUGAAGAAUUGUGUGAGCUUGAGAUUGAUUUAUACAAGCGUGUUCUAACGAAUAUCAAAACCAAAGCAGUACUUUCUGCUGAAGUGAUAGGGGAAGCCUUGAAAGCUUAUGCUUACAGAAGGUUUCCAGGUUUUAGCAAAGGUAUGAUCCAGGGUGGAGAUAUGGCAAAGCAUCGAUCAACAGUGGAUACAAUUGUCUGGCUGUUGCCUGAAGAGAAGGGUGGUGUCUCUUGUAGUUUCUUGCUCAAAAUGUUAAAAGCAGCUAUAUUUUUGGACUCUGGAGACAUGACUAAAGGAGAUCUGGUAAGGAGAAUAGGGCAGCAACUGGAUGAGGCUUCUGUAAAUGAUCUUCUGAUACGAGCAGCAGAAGGAGAACCUACAAUUUAUGAUGUUACUGUAGUCCAAAAAAUUGUUGAAGAGUUUCUAAGGCAAGAUCAGAGUGCAGAGAUUGAAUCACUAGAAGAACGCCAUGAGCUUCAGGAGGUGAGAAGGCCGGGGAUCUUGUCGGAUGCUUCUAAGUUGAUGGUGGCAAAACUGAUAGAUGGGUAUCUUGCUGAAAUUUCAAAGGAUCCCCACCUACCCUUGUUGAAGUUUGUUGAUCUUGCAGAGAUGGUGAGAGGUUUCUCUCAGCCUUCUCAUGAUGGGCUUUACCGAGCCAUUGAUAUGUAUCUUAAGGAGCACCCGGGGAUCAGCAAGAGUGAGAGGAAGAGGAUAUGCAAGCUGAUGGACUGCAAAAAGCUAUCAGUUGAUGCGUGUAUGCAUGCCGUGCAAAAUGAGAGACUUCCAUUGCGUGUAGUUGUGCAGGUACUGUUUUUUGAGCAAGUCAGGGCAGCUGCCUCAUCAGGCAGCAGCACUCCAGACCUACCUAAAGGCAUGAAGGAUUUAAACAAUGGGUCCCAUGGGAGCUCAAGAUCUGCGACAACCAACACAGAGGAGGAUUGGGAUGCAGUGGCCUCGGCUGAAGAGCUUAAGGCCCUAAAGGGGGAGCUAGCUUCCUUAAGGUUGAGCAGUGGUGUGGGAGGGGGUGAGAAGAAUGGAGAUGGCAAAGGCAGUGUUGACAAGGCGGCAGUCAGUAAAAUGAGAGGGUUACUUAAGUCAAAGAAGAAAGUUUUUGCAAAGCUUUGGUCAAGCAAAGGGGUACAAGGUGAGAAUAGUGGUUCCGAUUCAUCUGAAAGCCUUGGUUCUGCUAAUCCUGAAGAGGCUAAAUCCACACCUUCCAGAAAUAGGAGGCAUUCGGUUUCUUAG